UUGGCGGAUGAAAAGCAGUUGUGUUUUAACUAACUAAACAACAUGAAGUUUCUUAUCAUUCUUGCUUUGGCCGUGGCCGCAACAGCUUUCCCCGAAAGCGAGCUGGUCCAUCUCUCACGUGUGAUGCCCGUCCAGGACAACAUUGAGGGUCGCAUCACCAAUGGCAAGCAGGCCAGCGUUGGUCAGUUCCCCUACCAGGUGGGUCUAUCCCUCAAGGUUUCCGCCCUGUCCUCUGCCUGGUGCGGUGGCUCCCUGAUCGGCAGCAACUGGGUACUGACCGCUGCUCACUGUACCGAUGGUAUUCAGUCUGUGACCGUCUAUCUGGGCGCUACUGUGCGUACCUCACCCGAGGUUAGCCACACCGUUUCCAAGUCCGACAUCCUUAUUCACUCCGGCUGGAACACAAACAACCUGAAGAACGAUAUCUCCUUGAUCAAGAUCCCCGCUGUUGCCUUCUCCAGCAGAAUCCAGGUCGUCAAGCUACCAUCCAUUUCCAGCUCUUACUCUACCUAUGCCGGCUCCGCUGUUGUCGCCUCUGGCUGGGGCCGUACCAGCGACUCUUCCAACUCUGUUGCCACCAAUUUGCAGUACGUCGAUCUGACCGUCAUUGCCAACUCUGUCUGUGCCGCCACUUACGGCACCAGCAUUGUCACCUCGUCCAACAUCUGUGUCGCCACACCCAGUGGCAAGUCCACCUGCAACGGUGACUCUGGCGGCCCACUGGUACUCGAAGCCAGCAAGGUCCAGGUCGGUUUGACCUCCUUCGGUGCUGCUGCUGGCUGCGAGCUGGGCUACCCAGCUGCGUUCACCCGUUUGACCAGCUACUUGGACUGGAUCAAGUCUAACACUGGCAUCUCCUACUAAAUAUCCGAAACUUCCAACUCGCAAUAAAAACACAGCAUUUAAUGAAAAUA